UGUUUUACAACCUGCUUCCAUGCCCUCUUGGCCUUGGGUAGCCCCGCCAAGGUGUAUGUAUGCUUGAUUGACUGUACAAAAAAUUCUGGGCAUAAAUUGAUAUUUUUAAAAAGUAGCUGAAUCUAGUCCUCCUCCUGUUGAGGAUGAGUCCGUAAAGAUAAAUACACCAUGUUGUGAAAGAAUAUGCAAAAUGUUUUGGUAUUUUAUUACUGCCAUGGUCUUUUUUGUUACCUUGUCGGAAAUCCUCGGUGGAUCUACUCGAAGUGUACGCUGUGAUGAUGGUAUAAACUGGCCGAAACUCCCAAAGCGCUUUGACUAUGAAUCCAUCUUGCGUAUCACAGUCGAUGAAGGCAGUCUAACAUCUGGUAAAAUUAUACUCAAGAACCCAACCAAGGACACACCUCCAGGCACCGUCUUGCUCACGGGUUCAGUCUCAUCCAGAAUCGCCAAUGAAGUCUCCAUUGUACUCGAUCAAAAACCUGGCGAAUCGCAUCUUAAGAUUCGUGUGCCUAGGCAGGGUCUAUAUCGACCAUGCGUCAGCCUUGAAGCUGUUGUUUAUGUUGCUGAUGAAACAGAACUUAUUCAAGUAGAGGUUCAAAAUUCAAACAUUCAUGUAGAAAGUGAGGGGCUAGAUACAAGUAUUCUUCAACUGAGUACAAGCAAUGCACCAAUCGAUCUUGAUUGUGCUUGGAGCGGAAAAGACUUGAAAUUACGUACAACGAAUGGCCACAUUCGUAUCAGUCGUCCUUUAAAAGCUGAAAACUCUGUCAUGCUGGUAUCAAGCAAUGGAGGAAUCCAUAUGGAUCAAAACAUUCAUGCCGAUCAAUUGAUUGCUAUUGCAACCACUAAUGGACCUAUUAAACUCAAUCAGAUUCAAUCUGAUAAAGUGCUUUUGCAUACUUCCAAUGGUCCUGUUUCUAUAAAUGAGGCUCAAAUUGGGCAUUCUUUGAAUGUUACUACCACCAACGACGAACUCAAGUUUCGACUUCUUGCUGGUACUAGUAACCCUGUCAUUAAUGGAAUGACAACUAAUGGACGCAUUAUUGCCAAUAUGGUAUAUCACCAAGAAUACAAGUAACUCUUUACUCAUUUUUCUUUAAAUAAUAGCCCACUGAUUUUGAAGGCCAAUUCCAUCUAAUGACAGGUGUAUCACAACUAAUCACCAUUUCGGAUCAAUACGAAAGGUCUGUUAUAAAAAGGAUUGGCAAAGGCUUUGUCAUUGGCGAACGCUUUAACGGCAUAAAUGAACGACCCGCUAACCCAGGUUCAGUAAAACUACAGACUACAAAUGAUAACGUGGCACUUUACUUUGGCAACAAAUAAAAUAAAAUGCAAUGGGUUUUUUUUUAUUCACUUAACUCAUAGUUUCAAGAAUACAAUGAAGUGGUUAAACUAAACCUUGUCCACAAAAACGUUAGGCAAUCAUAAGCACGGCUUGUACAAUUUCUUAUUUUGAAACUGAGUAGAACUUUAUCUAUAUUGUGUUUACUCUUAUUUAUAAUGUUAAUGAUGCUUCAUUAAUAACUAAAUCACCUUCA